AUGUCUGGCUUUGAAUGUGCACCUUGUGGACGACAAUUUAGACUGUACCAGCAUUACCAAGAUCACAUGAUUCACUCGUCUCGGCAUUACUACUGCGCACCAUGCCGUCGUGACUUCGAAUCUCGAGACGCCCUGGACAGUCACCUUAGUCAACCCGACGAACAUAUGAUCUGCGAAUGGUGUCGAAUCUUAGUUGGAAAGCUUCGCCAUCACAACCAACGCCAUCACGAGAAAUGCUUGGAGUGCAACCAAUGGUACGAAGACGCGAACGAUAUUCAUCGGCAUCGCUCCUUAGCCCAUACCGAGGUGUACUGCGUUCCAUGUCAAAAACUUUUCGGGAACUCCAAAGAGUUGACAAUGCAUCUCACAUCGUAUGCUCAUCAACCAUUGAAUGUCGAGUGUGACCAUCCGUCUUGUGGUCAACAAUUCAUCAGCAAAGUAGCACUGGUCCAACAUCUCGAAACAGGGACCUGCCAAUCUGGAGUCAACCUGGAAGAAGUUGGCCACUACUUCAGCCGCCAUUGCGACCGAGGCCAGCAAUUCGUCAGAAGGGGCUUGAUAUUCCCUGCCGCGCUGGAGGAGAUCAUUUGCGAUAAGAAUGGCUACUAUCCUUGCCAUAUUUGCCUGGAAUCAUUUCUGCACAAGCGCGAACUUGUUUCACAUCUCAAGAGUUUGCAACACACGGAUCACGGCCAUAAAGCCUAUAAAUGUCCUUCCGCCCGUUGCGGAAGGGCCGGGUUUGAUAGUCUGUCCGAUCUGAUGAUUCACCUGGACAACGGUGAUUGUGGCAUAACACAUGCACGUGAAUUGUACACAAUGGUCGACGAGUUGACAAAGGUUUUGGAGUGCCUCUAG